UCGAGAGGCAAAUGGAAGUCCUUUUGGCGUUUCUUUUCACAAUAGCUAGAAAAGCACACCAUCAUCUGGAUCCACGCAAGCGUCGUCCGACUACUUCCACGUAUCUCAAGGUCAUAUUCCAUGAGUCGCACUGCCUAUCUAUGAACUCAUGGUUGGACACUGAUAAGUGUGGCAUUCUGGUCGCUCUGCAUUCUAUCUCUAGCAUGCCCCUCGUAACCCAGGGACUGAUGCGACGAGUGCUAUCAAUGAAGCAUGAAUCAUGUAACUCGUCGACUGUCAAUAGCUAGCUUUCCUUGUGGAUGCGUCUUGAAGCCUAUUCCGAAGAGAAGUGGCCAUUUGACGAUCUAUUCUUA